CCCGGUGGAUUAGAUGCGGCCCGAGAUGCACAGUGGCGAAAUCUGCGUUUUCCCAUAUUAUUUGAUCUGCCCGAGGGGGCCAUGGACAUUGAGAUGGAUGAAGUCGAAGUUCUUUUGAUCGUUGAGGAUAUAAUGAAUACAUUGACCAUUGUGUUUUUGAUUGCCAUUAUGUAUCUGAAAAUUGUGAGGCAAAAAAGAAACCGUCAUACAAUUUCCGAAAACAAUGGACGGUCGGUGUUCAAAAUGUCCGAUCGACUAACUAGGCAAGUACAACAUACGAAAGAGCUUAUAAGCAUUAGUGACAGAGUAUGUGUCGAACAACUACGUAUGGACAGAAAUGCCUUCGGUCAUUUAUGCUACCUUUUGGAUGUUGGUAAAUUAAAGAGUAGUCGAAAUGUGCCAAUAAGUGAGCAAGUUGCCAUCUUUUUGAGUGUGUUAAGCCAUCACAAAAAAAACUACUUAAAGUUGUGCUACGCUUAUACCCGAUUAUCGUCGUACAACCAAAACCUGUUCUGGAGUCGAACAAUGACUGGAGAUGGAAAUGUGAUGGACUACUCUACAACUAGCGUGGGACGUGGGGCAAACGUUAACAAUCAACGGCGAGUUUGGACGUUUGAAGAAGAACGUGCAUUAAUCCAAGGAUUAAAGGAACUCAUUGCACGUGGGUGGAAAGCUGACAAUGGGUUCCGUUCCGGCAACAUUUUCCUGGGACUACAAUUAAAGCCGAGCCUCACAUCUCGUCGAAAAUCACGGUAUGGAAUAAAAAACUAUGUUUUACUUAUACCACUUCUUUCGAACACGUCCGGUGUAGGGUGGUCUGAAUCCGGCCACAUGCUAGAAGUUGACGAGCCCGUGUGGCAAGAUUAUGUGAAGGUGUACCCAAAAGGGAAAGGAUUGCGCAACAAGCCCUGGCCGUGUUACAGUGAUUGGGACCGUGCAACGGGUGAAGGUGCUGAAGGUUUCGCUGAAGCGGUUCAAGAAGUCCUAAGUAAUACCGGUGACGAUGGCCCUGCAAAAAUGCGUGGCGGGGUUGGUGGGGUCUUCGAAUCCAAUGAGAGUGAAAUAGAGUCAUCUCCGCAGGGUGUUGAAAGUAGUGCAUCCGGGAAGGGUAAAUGGGUCGGCAAACGAAAACGGUUUAAAGAUGCGGAGGUUGAAGUCGUCGGCCUACUUUCUACUUUAUGUGAGAAGGUCGAUCAACGGUGGGGUCAAAUGGUGGAAAGUAUUGGGGUCCAGCACGACACGAAGGAGCAACGCAUAGUUUUGUACGAGGCGUUGAAGUGUAUUCCCUUUUUGACGACCGAAGAAAGAUUUAUCGUAUCGAAGUACUUUUGUAGGAACAAAGAAGAAAUGGACGUUUUUUUCAGCGUGGGCGAUGAGGAAAAAGUGUCAAUGGUAACAUAA